AGUUAGAAAAAUAACAUCUGAUGACCCAUUUUUAGAAAAAAGAGAACCAGAGAACUGCUCCUUCAUUUUUUUUUUUAAUGAGAAUAAAUUUUUUUGCUUGAAGAUUUCACACUGAUGCAUCCUUCUUCACACAGGAAGACGUGUUUUUGACCUUCUUUUUGUGACGGACAAGUCAUUUUAGCAUCGCUCAUGUUAUAAUAAGACAUCACCUGCAUCAUAAGAUACAUGACCAAUACAUCAUGGGAAAUGAAACCACAGACUACACUGACUGGCCACUGACAACAGAACUUGACUACAGUGAUUCCACGCCUUGCCCUGCAACUGAGGAAAAGCAUUUUGCAGCAAAAUUUUUGCCACCUCUUUAUUCUCUGGUGGUGAUAUUUGGCCUGACAGGCAACAUGCUUGUUGUCCUUAUCCUGGUAAAAUACAAGAGGCUGAAGAGCAUGACUGACAUCUACCUGCUCAACUUGGCAAUUUCUGAUCUGCUGUUCGUAUUUUCUCUCCCUUUUUGGGCUUAUUAUGCAGUCCAUGACUGGAUUUUUGGGGAGGCGCUCUGUCGAAUUCUGUCAGGUGUCUACCUCCUUGGCUUCUACAGUGGCAUCUUUUUCAUAAUCCUGCUGACCCUGGACAGGUACCUGGCCAUAGUGCAUGCGGUGUUUGCUUUGAAAGCCAGGACAGUUACCUACGGUGUCCUCACCAGCGUCGUCACGUGGGCUGUUGCUGUUCUUAUUUCUGUCCCUGGGGUAGUAUUUCACAAAACUCAGAAGGAAAGUUCAGGCUAUACUUGCAGUGCUCAUUAUCCAUCAGAGCAGAGAAAUACAUGGAAGCAAUUCCUCACCUUAAAAAUGAACAUCCUGGGACUUCUUAUUCCAAUGUUAAUCAUGAUCUGCAGCUACACACAAAUUAUAAAGACAUUACUGCAAUGUAGGAAUGAGAAGAAACAUAAAGCAGUCAGGCUUAUUUUCAUUAUCAUGAUCAUCUACUUUUUUUUCUGGGCACCAUACAACAUUUGCAUUCUCUUGCGUGAUUUUCAAGGUGCAUUUUCCAUCUCUACUUGUGAAGGAAAUGGUCAACUGCACAAAGCAAUCCAAGUGACAGAAACAAUCUCAAUGAUCCAUUGUUGUAUCAACCCUGUAAUUUAUGCCUUCGCUGGAGAAAAAUUUAGGAAAUAUCUUCGCAGCUUUUUCCGAAAGCAUAUUGCAGUCCACUUGUCUAAAUACUGUCCUGUUUUCUAUGCUGACACAGCUGAACGAGCGAGCUCCACCUACACACAAUCUACUGGAGAACAAGAAGUUUCUGCUGCAUUAUAAGCUGUGUCUAGUGAAAAAAUGGAAUUUACUCUUCUGAGAUCAACUCUUUGAUGAAAGCCUGCUGAAUCUCUCCUGGAUAUUGUCUCUAAGGCAGCUGGAAAAAAGAAAAAUCACAGAAUACAUAUUGACCAAAGUUUGCAUUUGCUCACAGACUUGGGUAUUUUUAAAUACAUGAAAAGGAGAUAGCAAAUUACCUGACUGGGGACCUGAACUAGCAGGCUAACAGAUUUUUGAAGUGAACUAGAGGUUUUAAAGUUACACUGGUUCUUUAGAAACAUCUCUUGACUUUGUACAUUACACAAGAUACCUCACUCAUUUAAACUCAGUCUCAGACAUAUUUUUUACUAGUCUGGUUGUGUAUCUCUAUAAAUAAUGCUAAGUUACUAAGGUCCA